AUGUUUGGAAUUGGAGAGAAAAAGAAGAACCAAACUAAGGAAGAGAAGGCAGAAGAAGCAAAACAGGCUAGGCUAGAGCAGCAGAGAAAGAGAGAGGAGGAAGAAAGAAGGAAAGAAGCUGAAAAAAUAGCAAGGCAAAAAGAGAAAGAAGCUGAACGUGAGCGAAUCAGGAAGGAAGAGGAGAGAAAGAAGGAGGAGCAAAAGGCAGAGGAGCAGAAACGAAGAGAUGCAGAAGCAGCUGAGAUGGAACAAGCAUUCAGAAACCUUGAAGCCAAAUUGGAUCAGCUUUCAAGGACCCUGAAAAAUAUUACUGAAAUUCAAAAGAAAAUUAAGACAAAAUCAAAGACUGAAAUUGAAGUAGAUGGAGAGGUGUAUAGGAUAUCAGAAGAGAAUAGAAAGAGGCUGGUUAAGAAAUUGAAGAGGGAGACAACAAUAGACAUGCUGUUUGAACAACUCAAGAAGUACAAUGGAAAAGAAUUUAACUUGUUAGUUUCUUGUGGUGAAAUUGCAACUUAUUUUGAGAGCCGCAAGUUCAGAAGUCUUGAUUCAACCAAAUGGAGACUGUUUUAUCCAAUUGUAUAUGAUGAUUUGAACAAAAUGAACGAGUACAAAAGGAUUUGGUCCAAUUUGUAUUGUACCAGAGCAAAAAGAGUCCUAUUUGAAGAUGGGAAGUACAAGUUUCUUAGGAGUUUGGAAGUCAUAGAUAAGGCAAUUAUUGGAAGUGAUAUUGAAAUAGCAAAUGAUAGCCAUCUGGUGAUCGUAAAAGGAAGUACCAUAACACUUACGACGGCAUUCUUUAGGAAAUACGUCAAAGAAACUACGGUUAUUCCAGUAGAAGGAAAGAACGUUUGUUCAAUAAGUGGAUCAACACAACUUCAGGUUAAAACAAAGUUGGAUCCAACAUUUUGGCAGACAAUUACAGCCAAAUUGUCAAUGGGAUAA